UGUAAAGUGCAACAUGAUAUAUAUGCAUAAGAAAGCUAUAUAAUCUGCAAUUCUCCAUCAAUUUUUCAUACAAUUAGCAAUUACCUUAAUAUUUCGUCAAUAGCUAUAUGUAUACCUUUCUAUAUUUUUUGUCUCUUCCUUUUCUUCUUCUUAUAGAAUUCUAUUUUUCGAAUUUGCGUCCUUACAAAUCCGUGCACGAUCACACUAUGCUUAUUUUAAAUACAAUAGUUCUCUGGUAUUUCUGAAGAGGGCGUUAGCGCACGGACAAGUUUUCAGAAGCCAUAUUCAUUUUUAUAUCACUUCAGGUCAUAUGUCAUAUAUACAAAAUCCACACAAUUAAAUGGUACAUACACACAUUAUAAAAUAAAACUACAGAAACACUGUUUGCUGUUUUAAAUCCAGCUAAAUUAAAUUUUCCAACUUCUUCUAAUUAAUUGUAUUUUUUUACAUUAAUCGUAUUUGGAUAUAUUUUUGAUUGUGUCGCAUGACAUUUAAUGAAAAACGCGCGUUCCCUCUUUCCGAAUUUAAUUAAUAUCCUCUUUCAUCUUUCUUCUAUUUUUUUUUUUUUUUUAUUCAUUUUCCUCUAUUUGUCAUAUUUAUAUUUGUCAUUCAAGGAUACCUUACAAAUCGCUCGCGUUCAAUCAUUCGCAUAUGUAUAUAUUCGAGUGGCGCGUCUCGUGAAGAAGUAACGUCACGAAAAUUCGUCGUUAGAUUUCGUCCACGCGAGUUUUUAUCGUCAGUAUUCCGGGUAGUGUUUAUUGCUCCGAAAGCAUGCUCGAACAAAUAGCGGAAGAGAGAAUUACGCGAGCUGGAGUAUACGUAGGUUAGAACAACCGCUCCGUCUGGAAAACUCUCUGUCUGGAAAGUGAUAUAAUACGUAUAAUGGAUGUAGAGAGAAUCGCAAUGUUUGCCGGCGUCGGCUUCGCCAUCGCCGUCGGCUUAUUUGUCUUGUGGGGCCCGUCACCGAAACCCAGAAAAAAAGGCCAAGUUAUCGGGAUCAAUAAUUUGGGAUAUACAUGUUUCCUGAAUUCUCUUUUGCAAGCACUGGCUGCUUGUCCUACAUUUAUUCUCUGGCUUCAAAGACAGCAGGAGAAGAACAGGAACUUUGCCGAUACACUACUCUCUGUCCUUAAGAGUAUGAGAUUUGGUGAUGCGGUGAAGUUUCUCGAUAGUGGUUUUACGACGAUACAGGGUAAACAUAAAUAUCGGUUAUGCGCGGUAAUCGAACAUCGUGGGCCCGUGGAUUCCGGUCACUUUGUUUGCUUUAGACGCGGAAAUAAAACGGAUCAAUGGUUAUACACAUCCGACAUUAUUGUCGAGAGCGUAUCUUUGACGCAGGUGUUGCUUGCUAGUCCGUAUUUGCUUUUCUACGAGCGUAUUAGCGGCGUUUAUCCUAGCUAGGAAUAAAUUUUCGAGGUGAUAGGCAAUCUAUAGGAAUUACAUAAUUGCGCAUCGAUCAGUAAUGGAAGUCCGUUCUUUUUAGCUACGCUCUUUCACGCUUUCGGCGUUUAAAGUGGAGCGAACGAUAGUGAUGGAAAUAAUGUGGAAAGGUAGAAUUAUAAAUUUGCAAAUAAGCGUGUAGAAAGUGCAGCUGGAAAAAGAACAGGAAUAAGAUUUGAAAAAUACAAGAGACUGUCGAAUUUUCCAUAAUUAGUUUAGUGUCGCUCGAUAUUUGCGAUGUAAUUGCGAUAAUACUUUGUUAUAAUCUGCGACUAUAGAGCGCGUCCCUAGGUGAUAUUUUAUAGCAGUGGCAAAAUAUAUCAAGUAUAUAAUCCAAAAUUCAGAAGCAUUUCAACAAAUGCAAUAAUAAUUGCUAUUAUUAAAUGCUGACGAAUCUAACAGAGUAGUUAGUUUUGUGAAACUUCUUGCUUCUGACACAGUGAUAGUAGAUCUCUAUCAGAAGAGAUUGUCAAUUCUUAUACAAAUCGUUUUUUGAUCAAUUCAUCAUCAUUAAACUUCAUUUUAAUGAGGACUAGGAUCGUGCCAAUGAAAAAAUCUCUGAAUUAAAUUUAUUGAGAGGGAUAAGCGAAAUCUUGUAUUUUUUUAUUAUAUGUUUAUAUCUUAUAGGGCUCUUCAAGCUCUUGCAAUAUGUGCAAUUGUUAAAAAUAUUACUAUAAUUAUAAAGACUGUGAAUCUAAUUAAUAAUUUUUUUGUAUAUAUCAAAGAAUUAUUUUUCUUUCUGGAUAGCAUAAAGGAACAUGCUAAUUACCAGAAUAAAUUUACUUUAAGAACUAACAUAAAAUACCUAACAUAUGUAAUUUAAAAUCUUAUAGAAAAUGUAUCAAAUCGAAAUAAAAUAAUAAAAAUGCAGGACAU